AUGGGUAAUAAUUCAUCAAAACAAAAUGGUGGUGGUGGUGGUGGUGGAUCGAGUCAUUUAAGACCGAAUCAUAAUGGAAAUGGUCUGCCUUUACAACGUACGGAUACUCAAGGGUCUGCAAAAUCAUCAAGAUCAAUUAGACUGAAAAUAUCAUCAUCACUGAGUCUAAAUCAAUCAAAUUCCCAAGGUCAUAAUAAUAAUAGUUCACCAGAUGGUUUAAAAUCUCCAAAAUCAAUGUCGAGAAAAAAUUCAUCAAAUGAAACGGGUAUGGAAAAACCGCAAUUUUCAAGAAAUAAUUCAUCUUCAAAUAUUUUAUCAACUAGUUUUCAAGAAAAUAAAAAUUUACCACCUUCAAUGAUUCAAAUUCAACCUAAAGAACCAAUAUUGAUAAGACGAAAUACAAAUGAUACAAUGAAUACAAAUAUAAGUGUAAGUGGAUUAGAAUCACCUCCUAUAAAUUCUCCCAGCAACCAAAAUAGUAUACCAAAUAGUUCAAAUAAUUCACUACAUAAUUAUCCAUUAUCGCCACAAGCUACAAAUCUAGAAAACAAUAAUGAUUCAUCACCUAUACUAUCGAAAGAUGGCAGUGUAAAUACAAAUAAUGAUGAUUCAAAAUCUAUACAAAGUUCAAGAGCUUCUUCAAUUACAGAUCUACAAUCAUUGAGUAAAAGUUCAUCCGUUGUUAAUAAUCAUUUACAUAGACAAUCGACUACAAAUAGUUCAAUAGGAAAUGGAAGUGGAACAAUUGAUAUUGAAGAUUUAAUACAAAGAUUAUUAGAUGCUGGAUAUUCAGGUAAACGUACGAAAAAUGUAUGUCUUAAAAACACCGAAAUUCAAUUAAUUUGUUCAACAGCAAGAGAAAUUUUUCUUUCACAACCUAGUUUAUUAGAAUUAUCACCCCCAGUUAAGGUUGUAGGAGAUGUACAUGGCCAAUAUGGAGAUUUAAUUCGAAUUUUUACAAAAUGUGGAUUCCCACCAUCUACAAAUUAUUUAUUUCUUGGUGAUUAUGUUGAUCGAGGUAAACAAAGUUUAGAAACUAUUUUGUUAUUAUUAUGUUAUAAAAUUAAAUAUCCUGAGAAUUUUUUCCUACUUCGAGGUAAUCAUGAAUGUGCAAAUGUUACAAGAGUUUAUGGAUUUUAUGAUGAAUGUAAAAGAAGAUGUAAUAUAAAAACAUGGAAAUUAUUUAUUGAUACAUUUAAUACAUUACCAAUAUCUGCAAUUGUAGCAGGUAAGAUAUUUUGUGUUCAUGGUGGAUUAUCACCAGUUUUAAAUUCAAUGGAUGAAAUUAGAAAUAUAGCUAGACCAACAGAUGUACCUGAUUUUGGAUUAUUAAAUGAUUUAUUAUGGUCAGAUCCAGCAGAUACCAUAAACGAAUGGGAAGACAAUGAACGUGGAGUUUCCUAUGUGUUUUCAAAGAUUGCUAUAAAUAAAUUUUUAUCUAAAUUUGGUUUUGAUUUAGUUUGUCGAGCUCAUAUGGUUGUUGAAGAUGGCUAUGAAUUUUUUAAUGAUAGAACAUUAGUUACUGUAUUUUCUGCUCCUAAUUAUUGUGGAGAAUUUGAUAAUUGGGGUGCAGUAAUGAGUGUUAGUGAAGAAUUAUUAUGUAGUUUUGAGUUAUUAGAUCCAUUGGAUUCAGUUGCAUUAAAACAAGUAAUGAAAAAGGGAAAACAAGAAAGAAAAACAGCCCAAACUUUACAAAAGAUAAACUCGAGAUGA